CAAGCUAAGCUGGAACCAGAAGGGGAAUACGGGGGUUGAUGGUGUAAAAGUUCUGUCAUCUGGUUCCUUUCUCAGAGCUCUCCUCGUUUGACUGUCUCUAGUUCAUCGAUCCAAACUCAUACCAAUCCAAUCUAUGGCUUCUCGUAGGCGUAUGCUUCUCAAGGUUAUAAUUCUCGGCGACAGCGGGGUCGGGAAGACGUCAUUGAUGAAUCAGUAUGUGAAUCGUAAGUUUAGCAAUCAGUAUAAGGCUACUAUUGGAGCUGAUUUCCUUACUAAAGAAGUUCAGUUUGAAGACAGAGCUUUCACUUUGCAGAUAUGGGACACAGCAGGACAAGAAAGGUUUCAAAGCCUUGGUGUGGCUUUUUAUCGAGGGGCUGAUUGCUGUGUUCUUGUCUAUGAUGUUAAUGUGAUGAAGUCGUUUGAGAAUCUUAACAACUGGAGGGAAGAAUUUUUGCUUCAGGCUAGCCCACAUGACCCUGAGAACUUUCCAUUUGUGGUCCUAGGGAACAAGGUAGAUGUUGAUGGUGGCAACAACAGGGUGGUUUCAGAGAAGAAAGCAAGGGCAUGGUGCGCUUCUAAGGGUAACAUACCUUAUUUUGAGACUUCUGCAAAAGAAGGCUUGAAUGUUGAAGCUGCAUUUGAGUGUAUAGCCAAAAAUGCCCUGAAAAAUGAACCUGAAGAAGAACUAUAUUUGCCUGAUACGAUUGAUGUUGGAGGUGGCGGAGGCAGGCAGCAAAGAUCCACCGGUUGUGAAUGCUAAAUUAGCGCUUGCUCCUAGUUUGAUUUUCGAUUUCAGAGUGUAUUCUUUCAGUUUGUGGUUUAUUAAGCUGAACAAUACUAUAUUGUUUCUUUGUCGAAAUUCUAUGCUUCUUCAUGCAUUGCAUUCUUUGUAAGUCACAAAGGAAAAACUGAGAAAGGAUUGAGAAAACUUUAUGGCAUUGUAAGUUAUUAAUUCUAUAGUAUUUCAAAAUCAUAUCCUUUAA